AUGGGACACAGCAACAAUAUCACAGAAUUUGUCCUCCUGGGACUCACUCAGGAUUCUGCUGGGCAAAAAGCAUUGUUUGUUUUGUUCUUACUCAUGUACAUUGUGACAGUGGUGGGCAACCUGCUCAUUUUUGUGACAAUUCUUGCUAGUCCCUCAUUGGGCUCCCCAAUGUAUUUCUUUCUUGCAUGUCUUUCACUACUGGAUACUUUUUAUUGCAAUACCAUCUCACCAAGUUUAAUUAUAGACUUACUUUGUGAUAAGAAGACUAUCUCCUUCUCAGAUUGCAUGGUCCAGCUCUUUUUUGAUCACUUAUUUGGUGGCACUGAGGUCUUCCUUCUAGUGGUGAUGUCCUAUGAUCGCUAUGUGGCCAUCUGCAAGCCCUUGCACUACGUGACCAUCAUGAACAGACGGGUUUGCAUUCUGCUGUUGGUGCUUUCCUGGGCUGGAGGUUUCACACACUCUUUUCUUCAAGUUCUUUCUGUGUACAACCUUCCUUUCUGUGGCCCCAAUGUCAUUGACCACUUCAUGUGUGACAUGUACCCAUUAUUGGGACUUGCGUGCACUGACACCUACUUCCUUGGCAUCUCUGUCAUUGCCAAUGGUGGAGUCAUGGCUGUAGGAAUCUUUCUCAUUCUCUUAGUUUCCUAUGGAAUCAUUCUAAACUCUCUUAAGACUCAGAGUCAGGAAGGGAGGCGCAAAGCACUAUCCACGUGUAGCUCCCAUAUCACAGUGGUUGUCUGCUUUUUUGUUCCCUGUAUUUUCAUAUAUGCUAGACCUGUUUCCAACUUUCCUAUUGAUAAAUCCAUUUCUGUUUUUUAUAUAGUUAUCAGUCCCAUGCUGAACCCUUUAAUAUAUACCUUGAGAAAUUCAGAGAUUAAAAAAAAAAUUAAAAAGCUCUGGUGUAAAGUGUUCACUACAGGUAUAAUAAGAAAUUCUCUUCACUGA